AUGGAAAAUUCCAGAAAUUUGACAUCUCCAUUUUCAACUUUCCAUCUGACAGGCAUUCCAGCACUGGAAGAGAUUCAUGCCUGGAUCUCCAUUCCUUUCUUCUGCCUCUAUGUUAUUGCCCUUUUGGGAAAUAGUAUGAUCCUGUUUGUCAUAAUAAGAAAGCAGAGCCUUCAUGAACCCAUGUACUUUUUCCUUUCCAUGCUAUCAGCUAGUGACUUGGGCUUGACCAUUUCCACAAUGUCAACAACACUGAGUGUCCUUUGGUUUGAUGCCAGAGAGAUUAGUGUAGAUGGCUGUGUUUUCCAGAUGUUCUUCCUUCAUGGGUUCACUUUCAUGGAGUCUGGGGUCCUGGUGGCAAUGGCCUUUGAUCGUUUUGUGGCCAUUUGUGAUCCUUUGAGAUAUACCACCAUCCUCACCAAUGCCAGGAUCACACAAUUAGGUGUGGCAAUGGUCAUCCGUAUGAUAGUUCUAAUGUUGCCCUUGGUUUUGUUAUUUAAGAAGCUGUCCUUCUGUGGUCCUAAUGGUCUUUCUCAUUCCUACUGUUACUACCCUGAUGUGAUUAGAUUGUCAUGCUCAGACAUUAAAGUCAGUAGUAUGUGUGGAUUAGCUGCUCUCAUCCUGAGCACUGGGAUUGACACACCAUGCAUUGUGCUCUCCUAUAUCCUGAUCAUUCGCUCUGUCCUCAGUAUUGCAUCCCCCAAAGAGCAGCACAAGGCCUUCAGCACCUGUGCAUCUCACAUUGGAGCUGUUGCCAUCUUUUAUAUCCCCAUGAUUAGCCUGUCCCUGGUGCACCGCUAUGGUCAACUGGCUCCCAAGAUUGUGCAUAUAAUGAUGGCCAACAUCUAUCUGAUGCUUCCACCUGUGCUCAACCCCAUCAUAUACAGUGUGAAAACAGCCCAGCUCCGCAAGGUGGUAGGCAAAUUAUUCCUUACAAAGUAG